UAGUAGUAAUAGUGAAAUCCUAGUCAUUUAAUGGUAAACUGAAAGAAGGAAUUUGUACUAGUAUGGUGCAACUGCAAGCAGUAGUGAGUGAUGAAGAUGAAAAGUGGUUUCCAUUUAAUUGAAGUGGUAGUAUGCUAGACAGGUAGCAUUUACAUAUUUGCUUUGGUGUGUGGCACUGCAAAUUAAGAGCAAACAAAGUCUUGGUCUUUGUGGCUGUGAAGAAGGGAAGGGAUGCUUUGCUUGAUGCUUGGAAAAACAAAAACAAAAAGGCAUGAGGAUGUGAUGCCCCCAUUUUUCUAGUUUUAGUUUUAUCCACAAGCUUUGUUUUGUGAGUUGUAACUUUGUAUUUGUAACCUAUAAACCCACACAACCCCAACCUCCACCACCCCUCAUCCUCAUCUUUCACUCUUUUUCAUUUUGUUUUGUCCAAGACAUUGGCUUUGGAGUUUGAUGUACACACAGUCUUGGAAGGAUUCUCCAUAUUCCACUCACCACCCCUUUUUUUUUGUGUCCUCCAACUUCUCUGCAAGAUUUCCUCACUUUCUAGGCCCUUGUCUCACGGUACACGCAUCUGCCUCUAAAUCUCUGAGCUUUUUUUUCUUUAAUGGACAAAUGUUAAUUGUUAGUUUUUGUUAGUGGAGGAUUCAAACUCACGUCCUAUCUCUUUUCUUCUCCCUUCACCGCUAGACCAACCUUAUAUCUCGCUGAAUCUUUGAGCUUUUCAUUCAUUUCUUUAAAAUCUCAACAUAGGAAUCCGUUUUUUUGGAUCAAGGCUUUGAAUCUUGAAACACAACUUGUCUUUCAAGUUAAAUUACCUCCCAACACUGCGUCAUAACAUAUGUGUCUCAUUCCAUCAAUUACUACACCUAUCAUAAUGCCAUUCAGGAGCAUUGUGCGUGAGCUCAAGGAGAUUGGAGAGGGCAUUAGCAACAUGUAUAGAAGAGGUGGAGAAGCCAAGCAUGUGCAUCGCCAUGGAAAAUCUCACAUUGCACCAGAAUGUUCCUUACCACCACCACCAUCAUCAUCUUCUUCUUCUUCUUCAUCUUCAUCAUGGCAGAGCCGGUGGGCUAAUUUGCCACCCGAGUUGCUAUUAGACAUAAUUCAAAGGUUGGAAGCCAGUGAAACUUCUUGGCCUGCACGUAGAGCACUUGUGGCAUGUGCCUCAGUUUGUAAGUUGUGGAGAGAGAUAACAAAGGAUGUGGUCAAGACACCAGAACAGUGUGGUUUUAUCACUUUCCCCAUAUCACUAAAGCAGCCUGGUCCAAGAGACUCUCCAAUCCAGUGUUUUAUUAGGAGAGAAAGAAUGACUUCAACAUAUUGUUUAUAUCUCGGUCUGAGCCCUGCUCUUUCUGGUGAUAUGAGCAAACUUUUACUGGCAGCAAAGAAGAUUAGAAGGGCAACAUGUACAGAAUUUAUAAUAUCAUUGGUUUCCGAUGAUUUCUCUUGGGCUAGCAACACUUACGUUGGAAAGCUGAGGUCUAAUUUUCUGGGCACCAAGUUCACAAUCUUGGAUGGCGAGCCCGCGCAUGAAACUUCACUUCCACUGAAUUGCAAGUUGCAGCAAAGAGUCCAUCUGAAGCAGGUACUUCCUAACAAGGUUGCUGCUGCUGCUAACUACAAAGUGGCCACAGUAUCUUAUGAACUCAAUGUCCUCCGAACAAGAGGUCCAAGGCGAAUGCGGUGUAUGAUGCACUUAAUCCCCAUAUUUGCAAUCCAAGAAGGAGGGAACGCCCCUACUCCUUUGAAGUUUACCACCAAUUAUCUUAAUGAUCAUGCGUCUACCACCACCGAGCAUGCAUCUACCACCACACCAGACUCAAAAGGAAAGAAACCAGAAGUUGUUGAGUUUGACUCAACUGGCACUGCCAAUACUCCAGAAUCAAUCCAGCGGGCAAGGGAACCAUUGGUUUUGAAAAACAAAGCUCCUAGAUGGCACGAACAACUGCAAUGUUGGUGCUUGAAUUUCAAGGGAAGGGUUACAGUGGCCUCUGUGAAGAACUUCCAGCUUGUAGCAGCUGCUGAACCAUGCCAAAAUGUUUCAGCUGCAGAACAAGAAAAAGUGAUACUACAAUUUGGAAAAAUUGGGAAGGACAUAUUCACCAUGGAUUACCGAUACCCCCUCUCAGCUUUCCAAGCCUUUGCAAUAUGCUUGAGCAGCUUUGACACAAAACCAGCUUGUGAAUGAAUGCAUGAUCAUGACUUCUCUAUCCCCGUUGCGGACAACUAGUCCUGUCAUGUCACUCUUCCUUGAUAUAAGAUGUAUAUAUUUUCAUAAGGAAGGAGAGAAGCUGGACUAAAUAGGUCUACUCAUUCUAAUGAGUACUUUCAUUCUGCAUGCACAAGUUUAAUUUGUGUAAUGCAAGCUGUUAGGAUUGAUGUUUAAUGGCAACUCUACUGUAAACAAGUUCGUUAAACUUAAUUUUCUCAACCAUCAAUCACA